AGCCCUGCCCCCCUCAUCUUCCAGAGGUCCAAAAUUCAGCAGCAAACAGCAUCUAGUUUCUUGAUCCGGUUCUGUUUACCCUGAAGGCUCGGCUUCCGCGGGUGGCUGCGAUGGCGGGAGGAGGGAAGGUGUACUCGUUCCAAGAGGUGCGGAAGCACAGCCAGCGCAAGGAUUGCUGGCUCAUCAUCUCCGGCAAGGUGUACGACGUGACGCCGUUCAUGGAGGAGCACCCCGGCGGCGACGAGGUCCUGCUGGCGUGCACCGGCAAGGACGCGACGGCCGACUUCGAGGACAUCGGCCACUCGGACGCAGCCAAGGAGCUGAUGCCGCAGUACUGCAUCGGGGAGGUCGACGCCGCCACCAUCCCGGCCAAGCUCGCCCACGCCGUCCUCCCCGCCAAGGGGGCGGCGGCGGCUCCGGCGCCACGCGCGAGCGCGGGCCAGGGCGUCUGGCUCACGGUGCUGCAGCUCGCCCUGCCCCUCCUGCUGGUGGCCAUGGCCUUCGCGCUUCAGAACUUCGCCAAAACCAAAACAGAGUAGACGAGAAGGACAGAUGCCGUCGCGGAUACCGGCCUGCGGCCUCUUGGAAGUAUCUGCACGUCCAACCACUUCCUGUCGACGUCUCUACCGCUGCAAUCGUUGUAAUUCCAUCUCCCAUAUGUGUACUGACGUCAUUAUUGGUGGAAUUCAUAUAUCUAUAAUCGCCGAGUUUCAGAAAA